UGACCUCCAGCCAAUCAGCUCUGAGCUCUUCAGCCCCUUCACUCUCCUCCUCCUCUAACCUCGACAGGCCGCUGCUACUUAUCUGGCUCAUAAAUAUCACAUCGCUCAGCUGUGUUGCAAUUACAGCAGCUACUCACGAAGUGACCGAAUAAAAACCUCCGGCUGUGAUUCGUCCUGCACCAGCCAACAUGUCCGUCGAGGAAGAGUUCAAGAAAGUGGCAGACCAGGUGAAGAAUAUGAAAACGAAGCCUACAGAUGACGAGAUACUGAUCCUGUACAGUCUGUAUAAACAGGCCAUGGUUGGAGACGUUAACAUAGACAAGCCAGGGCUAACUGACCUAAAAGGAAAAGCAAAGUGGGACGCUUGGGAAUCCAGGAAAGGAAUGUCCAAAACUGACGCGAUGGCUGCCUAUAUCAAGCAUGCUAAGGAGCUUUUCAGCAAAUAUGGGGUGUAAACUUUGCAAGAAUCUAAUAAAGCUUGACUAAUGCAAAAAAAAAAAAGAAAAGAAGACUUUACUAAAUAAUUUACUGAAACAGCUAUUGUUUGCCUUCUGUUUUUAGAGGCAGUAAUUAUUCCUUAAUUUGUGUUUUUUUUCUCUUUUACAUUAUUUUACUGCAAACUAAUACAAUUGAUAAACUACUAUGCAUCUUUAAAGGUCAUAUCUUUGCUGAUUGUGAUGUACUUUAAUACACUGCAUUAAUUUGUAACCUGGAUUAAAACGAAGCAGGAAAAACACUAUUAAAUGUUAACAUAAAUGGAAAUUAAAUUCAUCUUUGGUC